UUACUUUCACUUUACUUGCUGCUGGCCCGGACUUUGGGACGUUCAGAACCCAAUUGUCCUUCCCUGUACAACAGCGCAUUCCUCUUGACUCAGCUUCCAAAGCUAUUUGCCACCCCGUCAACCCUGCAGCCCCUACAGCCGCGAAUCCAGGAAACCCUCUACCCGCAGCCCAGCUACUGAGUUUACAAUCCCCUGGGCUUUGGGCUCCAAGGUGCGGGUUCCUGCCCCAGUAGUGGCUCAGUGGACGCCGCAGCUUGUCGCGCAGACGCGCUCGGGCCCUCUCCCCCUCCCGGCGCUCCGCAACUGGGAAUCACGGGACUAGCCUCCGUUUCCUUGGCAACGCAGUACACAAGUGCUAGCCCUAGCAGCUCGCGAUGUGCUUCAGCAAAGCAGACGCCGAGGAUAACUACCCUUUUGGAACAUGUCAACAGAGGAAACUUUUUCCUCACUUCCAUCCCCCAAAUUUGAUUGGGAACAAGUUUGUCCCUCUUAGGGGAUCACCCCACAGAGGGCCUGGGUGUUACUUAUCAGAUGGAUACGGCUUGGCAUACGACUUAUCUAAGAUCCCAACCAGUAUAAAAGGAUAUACUUUGGGAGCCAGAACAGCUGUGAGGUUUAAGCCAAUACAGAAGGAAGUGACACCUGCUGCAGGCAUGUACCAGAAAGUAAGUCCUCAGCAGGAGAAACACAAACAAAAUUUUGCUCCAUUUAAUGUCUUGGUGCCUCGAUUUAAGAACUACCCAAAGGACACUUACUAUCCCAGCCCUGGCGCAUACAACCCAGAGAAGAAGCCACCUCCAAAAAUUGCCUGGCCAAUGAAAUUUGGAUCUCCAGACUGGGCUCAGGUUCCAUGUCUACAGAAAAGGACCCUAAAAGCUGAGCUGUCCACAGACAAAGACUUUAGAAAGCAUCGGAACCGUGUGGCCUACCUAAGCCUGUAUUAUAAUUGAGCAGCUGUGACUACCUUCACAUGCUCCUAUUAUACACAGACUCUCCAGGACUGAGGACAGAACUGCUCUUCUUCUUCUGCAUUACUGUGCCCCCUUGUCUGGCAGCCUGGAGCCCAGGGAGGGACAAGGGGCUUAUAGCUGCUGUAUGAGAACAUAAAGACUAGUGCACAGUGCUAUCUCCAUCUACUGGCUUGUGGCAUACAUGGGCGCGUCUGGGUCUGUGGGUUCCUGUUGGGUGCUGAGUUGGGUGAUUUCAUUUUAAUGAAAUAUUUGUGGGCCCCUGCUCUCUAGUUCUAAUUGCCAGGUGACAAUUUUAUAUAUUCUACCACUAGCUCUGGUCAUAGGAGACUGUUAGCCUGUGCAUAUCAAGGGUUUGGAUGGGAUUUGGGCUUACGAGAUACAGAAAACACUUAAGGCAGAUUAAAACAUGUAUUGGAGCUCUUCUAAUUCUGUUCCUCAGUAUGGAGUGGGAAGGUCUUGAUUUGAUUGGCUUUCCCAGAUUGACAUAAAACUCAAAAACUAAAAAAUUGCCCCUUUCCUACGACAUCAUCCAUUUAGUCUGUGAGUCAACAUAUAUACUGAGGUCCUACUAUGUGUUGAGCAGAGCAGUAAGCACUGGGGAUAUGGCAGGAAUCAAAAUAAACUUAUCUACUAAGUCCUUGGGCCUGGCCUGAAGUCAGAGGAGGACUCCCCAGAGCAGCUAGUGGAUUGGGUUUGCCCUCCAAUCCGAAUGACCCCCUAGAACCUUACAAGUCAUUCUGGAGUUACAAAGGUCAUAACUUUAUAGCCCCAGACUGACUUGUAAGCAGCUAUGUUUAAAGUACUUACCCAGACUCUCGGGCCUGAGAGGUAGACCCCUUUCCUUCCAGCACUAGCUGAAAUCAUCAGUAUAGAUUUGUCCAGGAUUGGCACUAAAUAUGAUCUAAUCUUUUAAGAAGAGGGUCCUUUAGUACCCACUUAGGCUUCUUCGUAAUUACCAGAAAGGUGGUAAGCCUGCAUGUGUCUGGACACCAAAAAUCGAGAAGCUGCCAGUGGCUGCAGGACAGCCUACUGUAACCCUCAUGGCCACCCCCUGAUGAGCAUUAGCUGGGGAAAGGGCUAGCAAGAGGUGAAGCCUCCUGGCCAUAUGAUGCUGUGGGGGGCCUAAUUCCUUAAAGGCCAAGGUCUUCUGAAACAAUAAUGGUGAAGGACAGAAAAGUCUUUAUGAGAAAUCACAUAGGACAUAUUAAGAUAAUGAUAAAGAUAACCUCAGCAAAAACAUACCUAAUAUAUACACUUCUUUUAAUCUGAUGAUUUAAUGAUUUCUGUUAUCUUGUCAAGAAGUAUUCAUGACUUGAGAUAAGUCAGGAUUAACUCUUAUCACCUCUCCUGCACACCUCCCUCCUUUUUCUCCUUUGUACCCACACGUGCAGAUUUUUUCAGAGGUGAUAAUUUAGCAUUCAAUGUUUUCUCUUUUUCUGCUUCAGUGUCUUAGGUCCCUUUGGAGGAUAUUGAUGAGGGUGGGGGUGGGGACAGAACAUCUUUCACACUGUUUAGUAUAUACGCUCAAAGCUUUUCCCAGGGAAGGGAACUCUCUAACAUAGUAAUCUGAUUUGAUGAAAGAUAAAAUUUUAAUAUAGCUUCAGUUAACCUUCAGGGUCCUUGAAAGCACUACAUUGUAUAUAAAAGUAAUAAAGUACAAAUGAACCC